AUGGAGGUGGCUCGUUUUAGUACUAAGCCUUCUAAUCAUCUCACCGGAGAAGACUAUGCAACCACUCUGAUUCAGACUGUUUUUAGAGACCAUGAUGCAACUAUUGUCGAUCUUAAAAGCGUUCUUCACCAGAUUUUUUCUAUUAAGGAUCUAGGAAUUCUUAAGUACUUUCUAGGAAUCGAGAUGGCCACCUCUCAAAAAGGGCUUUUUUUGAAUCAAUGCAAAUUUAUGCUAGAUUUGCCGCGUGAAGUUUAUAUGCUUGAAUGCAAGCAUGCUAGAACUCCUCUGGAUAGCAAACUUCAAUUGACUAUUGAUGGUGAAUAUCUGGAAUCUCCUCAACUUUAUCAAAGGUUGGUUGGAAAGCUUAUUUAUAUUACCAUUAUGCGACCUGACAUUACUCAUGUAGUUAGUAUUGUGAGUCAAUUUAUGCACUCACCUACUAUUGCGCAUACCGUUGUUGUUAAAUGGAUCCUUCGCUAUCUCAAAGGGUCCAUUGGGCAUGGAAUACUCAUGAAGAAUAAUGGUCACAUCCAGAUAAUUGGCUAUAUUGAUGUAGAUUGGGCAGGUAAUACCCUUAAUCGGAAAUCGACUACUGGAUAUUGUAUAUUUAUUGGUGGAAAUUUAGUUUCAUGGAAGAGUAAAAAACAACUAGUCGUUGCUCGAUCUAAUGCCGAAGCAGAGUACCGCACAAUGGCCUCCACUGCUUCUGAACUUAUAUGA